AUGUUUGUCAAGAGCGCUGCUUCGGCCGGCCUUUUGUUGGCCUUGACCAACUUUGCUUCUGCGAGCCCGGUGCUCCUGAAGAGGGAUGUUGCGGCUUCAGCUGUGGCCAACAAGAUCCUGUUGACUCCUGCUGCCCCCGCCAGCGGCGACGGCUCGAACCUGGCUCUGGCAAGCCAGGACAACUUCAUCUGGACUCACGAUGACCAAGGCAUCCAGGCAAACAUGACUCUCCAGGCCUCCAAGAACUUCCGUCUCCUCAGCGCCCCCAACUUCCAGGACGUCGUCCAGUCCGUCGACUGCUCCAACGACGACAUCACCAUCAAGUUUGGCAGCGCCUCCUCCCUGCAGGCCGCCCAGGCCGCGUGGAAAUGGGUCAACCAGGCCGCCAGCAACACCAUCAUCUACGUCGCCGACGACGAGGCCUGCGCCGGCGCCAAGGGCCGCCAGCCCUUCUCCGUCGAGUCCAUCACCUACGACACCGCCGCCAACACGGCGCUCUUCGCCGCGACAAAGGCUGCCUGGAGGGACUUUGCCGAGGACGCCAGCAUCCGCAUCUCGGGCGUGCCGACGGCGGGCAACUCGGCUAGAGAGGUCAGCAAGGACGUGAGCAUCGACAUUGGCCACGACUUCUCGCAGCCCAUCUACAGCACCACCAUCGACGGCGUCAACCUGGCCAUUGCCUGCGCCAACUGCAAGACCCAGGGCACCCUCAACGCCGACAUCACGCUGUCGCUGUCCGACGGCUUCGAGGCCUCGCUCACCACCUCGGGCAACUUCGGCGCCACCGUCGAGGUCAGCGUCACCGCCGGCGGCAGCAUCAGCUCGCCGCUGUCCACCAACAUCCCCAUCGCCACGGUGCCCCUGGCCGGCUUCUCCAUCGCCGACGUCGUCGACAUCGGGCCCGAGCUGACCAUUGUCGCCGCCGCCGAGAUCUCCGGCUUCAGCGCCUCGGCCACGGCUACCGUCGGCGCCUCGGCCAGCCUCCCCGACGGCUCCGGCUUCACCCUCGGCCAGGGCUUCAACCUCCAGCCCACUAUCCAGGCCACCGGCCUCAGCCUCAGCGGCGAGGUGUCCCUGUCGGCCCAGGUUGCUCCCGUCUUCACCCUGCAGCUUGCGGCUACCUUCCUCGGCGAGGGUCUUGUCGGAGGACUCGCUCUCCAGGCUCCCGUUCUGAAGGCUGAUUUUGCCGGCCAGGCUACUUCUGCUGGUACUGCUCAGUGUGGUGCCAACACUGGCAUUGCUGAGGUUGGUGUUGAAGUUGAUGUUAGCGCUGAGCUGGAUGUCUUUGGAGGAUUCGGCGGUGCUACCGAUCAGCCUAACAAGACUUCUCUCUUCAACAAGUCGACGACUCUGUGGAAGGCUUGCUUGUCUGUGUAA